AUGGGACCAAACGUGCACAUUUUUAAUAAUGGACGAAAACGCGCGUAUUUUCAGCUCUCCGUGGCGAGAGUGCAAUCGAAGCCGCAGAUAACGAAGCUAUUUCCGGUCCAGGAGGCCGUGGAAUACCAUCAACGAAUUGGCAACGAGACAAAACCGUUGGACAGGUUUCUCGGUAAGUUACGAGCCACGUACGACUUUGUCUUCCGAAAACCGGAGAACACCAGCAACGUGGAGAAAAUAUUAGCAAAGGACGCACCUGAUCCGGACGUGAACGCGUUCAAAUUGAUCUGGUCGAAUCGGAUGCAAGAAAGCUCGAGGAAGAACAAUGUGGAUGCAGAAAAGUCUCGUCCGACCGAGCACGUUUUCCGUCUAAUGAGGGACGAUUGGGUGAACGAUAUUCAACCUUUGGAUCAGUUGGAACCUCUGGAACCAUUGGAUUUAGAGGACGAAACGGUUGAUAAAGACAGCGAGGUGGAAUUUGUCACUCCGAAAUCCAGUCUACAGUUUCCUGUCACGUUAAGCAGACACCUUGUCGACUGGCUUGGAUCACUUCUGGGGGUCACUUACGGGGUCUACUCGAAGCUGGCCAAAGCUAUUUACAAUAAUAACACUACAGUGAAUAAUUGA